AUGACUGCCACAACCAUUGACCCAGAAACAAGUCCCCAAACCCAAAAAGACACCGAAACUCAAAAUCCCCCUCCACCGCCAACCAGCAACCCCGCGCACGAAGAGCACCAAUACCUCUCCCUCAUCCGCGACAUUCUCCAAAAUGGCGAGCACCGUCCCGACCGCACCGGCACCGGAACCUAUGCCAUCCCAUUUCCCGCCCAAAUGAAAUUCGCCCUCUCACGCCCCUCUGCCGACCCCACUCAACCACCCACACUCAUCCUGCCCCUCCUCACCACCAAGCGCGUCUUCCUCCGCGCCGUCAUCGGCGAGCUCCUGUGGUUCAUAUCCGGCAGCACACACAGCAAGCCGCUUUCAGACGCCGGCAUCAAGAUCUGGGACGGCAACGGCAGCCGCGCCUACCUCGACAGCGUCAACCUCUCACACUACGAAGAAGGCGAGCUCGGCCCCGUCUACGGCUUCCAAUGGCGCCACUUUGGCGCCGACUACAAAGGCCACGCCCACGACUACACCGGCCAAGGCGUCGAUCAGCUGGCCGAAAUCAUUGACAAACUCAAAAACAAACCCUACGACCGCAGAAUCAUCCUCAGCGCCUGGAACCCCGCCGAUAUCAAGAAAAUGGCUCUCCCGCCUUGCCACAUGUUUGCCCAGUUCUACGUCAGUUUCCCCGGCCACAAGCAAGGCGACGCGCGGCCCAGGGGCGUCCUGCAUUCGCUGCUGUACCAGCGCUCGUGCGAUAUGGGACUCGGUGUCCCGUUCAAUAUCGCUUCCUAUGCCCUGCUGACGCAUAUGCUCGCCCAUGUGUGCGAUUUGACACCGGGAACUUUUACCCAUACCAUGGGCGAUGCCCAUGUCUAUCUCGAUCAUGUCGACGCGCUCAAGGUGCAGAUUGAGCGCGAGCCGCGAGAAUUUCCCCAACUGAGCAUCAACAGGGACGUCGGCGGCAGUAUAGAUGGCUGGCUGGAAACCGACUUCGAGGUUGUAGGGUAUAAGCCACAUGCCAGUCUUGCUAUGAAGAUGAGUGUUUAG